UUGUUUGUGCGUGUAUGUGUUUGUGAAUGCGCCUUCGAUAGGAACGCAAACGAGCGACAACGAAGACCGACGCGAUAUUACUUGCAUUGGUCGGCUUUCCCGUUCAAUGCGGGGGGACAGUGGGGCCGCUGUGAUGGUGUUACAGACGUCCGACGUAGAUAACGUUAACAACGAAGACUCCCAGGCGACACCUACCAUCAGAGCCCGAACGCUUAGCCUGCGCGGUCUUCAGGGUGCGUCUGACGCUGAUAGGGAUUUCCGUUUCGCGAUUGAGAGCGACCGGGCCGGACCACAGUCGACAUCGAGACUUUCGCUCAGGAGAUUCCAGAGAACACUUCACCAUAUGUCUCUACCGCCUGCGUUCUUAAUGGACAUUCAAGGGUCAUUCUGGCGACGUUACGUACCGAAGAUUCUUCUCUCACUUGCGUGCAUUAUCAUCUAUUGUGAGGUUGUAAUAUACUACCUUGUGCUUCUUCAGUGCACAUGGCCUCUGUUAGAUUCUGCUACUCAGGAGCACAACAUCCGGUCCGAUCCCAACGCGGCUCCUCUCAAGGUAAUGAUGGUUGCUGACACCCAUUUGCUGGGUCCUUUUCGUGGCCACUGGUUUGAUAAACUUCGACGAGAAUGGCAGAUGAAACGAACCUUCGCUACUGCUAUGACUCUACAUCAGCCUGAAGUGGUCGUUUUCCUUGGCGAUUUGUUCGAUGAGGGUCAAUGGAUGGACAAUGUGCAGUUUAACCGGGACGUUCAACGUUUUAAGCGGAUAUUUCCUCAGGCAGAGAAGACGAAGUUUAUCGUGGCAGCUGGAAACCACGACGUUGGCUUCCAUUACAAGAUGACCAAGGUGCUCGUAGACCGCUUUCAGAGGCUGUUUUCAGAGUCAGAUUCAGGCGUGGAACUCAUCACGGUCAAAGGAAGUGCAUUCGUGUCCCUGAAUUCGAUAGCACUCGAGGGAGACCACUGUGCGAUAUGCACUGAAGCUGAAAAGGAGCUCAACAGAAUUGAACAAAUAUUCAACUGCAGUCGAACGGUGCACGAACGUCGCGCUGUGGAUCGUAGCUGCGAAGCGCUUAUGGCUCAAUUACCUCAUUACACUAGACCAAUCCUCCUGCAGCAUUUUCCGCUCUACCGAGCCAAUGAUCGAGGGUGUCAGGAUCGCGACGGUGGACCAAACUCCGAUGGUAAUCGGGAACGAUGGGAAGUUCUUUCUAAAGACAUGACUGCGCGUCUUUUGAAGCUCAAUCCGCGCGCUGUAUUUGAUGGCCAUUCUCACCAUAGCUGCUCCAUAGAACAUAAUGGUCCUCAAGGUCCGGUACCAGAGUGGACCUUGCCGUCGUUCAAUUGGCGAAAUAAGAAUAAUCCAGCGUUCGUGCUUUCCGUCUUCACGCCUAGCAACUUCGCGGUGUCCCAGUGUCGAAUGCCACAAGAAUCAACAGUAAUGGCGUCCUACUGUGUAUGUCUGUUAGCGCUGUGCAUCUGGCUAGCGGUGCGUCGUUGUCGGCGGAACCGUUAUCAAGGAUUCAUUAAACUGCCAAUGCAGAGAUCCUGACAGGAGCUGCUAGAUGAACCAAUUGUUCAGUAUACUUUUCGAAAAUUUUUCGGACGUUUGAUUGAGGACUUAAAAUAUAGGAGCCGGGUCUCGACCGAAAUAUCAACGUAUAGUUUUACAAUGGUUAACGUUCAAAGCGUUAGACUGAAACAUUUUGCCUAUGAGCUCGUAGCAAGAGUAAUAGCUUUCUUUUCUUCUGGUACUAACGAUUGUUUAUAUCGCUGAGCGAAGGGAAGCUUGGUUGCGCUGGGCGUCGCCAAGUGUACUACGAACCGUGAUGAAAAAACGUGCUGAUCUUUUUGUGAAUACAUGGCAUAUUGAAAUUAGAACUGUCGUGGAAGCAAUAUGACAAGGUCUAUGUAGCAUAGCAUGCUGCACUCCAGUGCCCUGUUCAAAAGGUUUUGUUAUCGUCAUACAACAAAGUAGCGAUACCGCUGCUAUAUAAGUCAUAUUGUUAGCAUUGCAACCAAUAAAAAAAUAGGAGUCUAUAUACUGAAUGAGUAAUUCUGAGCGGAGUCUAAGGAUGGGUUUCAUUUAGGGUGAAUCUGGCUAAAAAGGCUCGUCAAAAAACUUUGCUAAAAUUCAGGAUGUUGAAACUUUGAAUAUUCCGUAAGUUGCGUGACGAAUUCAAGUGUCUGAAAAAACAACAUGCACUGGUAAAUGAAGAAAAAAAGAAGCACUUCAAAGGGGCUGGGUUUUGGCUUCGGCGUAUUCAUACGAACUUAACGCGAACUGUGCACAGACAUGUGCCUCUGUACAUCAGUCGAGUUACUACCAAUUGCGACCUAUUCAGGCCGAGACAGGUAAAGCCGGAAAUAGGCUAACAAUUUCGUGUCUUCCUAAGAUAUGUAGCAAACUCACAAAGUAACAAAGCUUUUCAUUUGUCUAGUCACUACCGAGGGUGGAUAAGACGAAACAGGGACAUAGCACACAUAUGUUGUGUUUUUUAAGAAGUAUCAAAGCCAAUGACCAGUUCGUGCCCUGGGAAGCAUGUGGGUACGUGUGCGAGAUAUUUUUCUAUACAAUACAGGAACAAUAUUCGCGUUAUAUAACAAUGUACUGCUUCCGUAGUAGCUUCAUAGGCCUUAUUAAAUUACUACAUAUGUAGGCGAGUAUAUGGACACUCUCGCUUCGAAAUAUUAUACUAUCUAACCUGCUUUUAUUAUACUGUGUAGCGAAAAUGCCUAAACGCACGAGACCAGUCUACUAUGCACUGGCAAUAUCGAUACGCAAAAGUCCAUCACUGAUGGUAUAUAGAUUAGCAAUAAGCUAGGAGAAGUUCGCUUUGCCCAAGAACGCAAUUUUUUCUUGUGUGCUUAUGCGUUUUGUUUAUUCGUUUGUGCUUAUGGGCAGAAUUUCAUGUUCAGUUCAUGUAAAAUAUUUAGGCAAAUCUCAAGGGAUAUUAACAUCCCUUAGCAAUCUCUGCUAAUCACAUCGGCAUCAGGAUUUGUCAGUUGUUAUCAAUGUUUGCUUCCGUACCAAAUUCAGAUGGAUUCCCCUUCGAAUUUUCGGUAUCAGUUGGUAAAUGAACUUGGGGUGGUUCACGCUCGAGGUUAAAUAUCGUUUGAAUUUUACCUCUACAUAUCGUGCUUUGUAAGUACAUCAUGCGCGCAUCAGAACCGCGUCUCAAUGUGGCGAUAGGCGUAGGAAGUCUUUGUACAAUAAUUAACAGCGUAGCGCAAUGAUUUAGACCGUCAAGUUAUUUACUUCCAAGUUGUCCAAGUAAGUUUCUUCAUGUGUUCUCUUAAAAAGUAAAAUAUUCUAACUGGUUAAAACAAGACGUUAUUCUAACAUAAGUGAGAGUUCGUUCAUGGGCCUUUUACAAAGAUGCAGACCUUGAUACCUGUUCAUGCUAUUUUGUCAAUUUGCUUUACAUAGUGUUAAUAAAAAAACACAGUAAAAUACCGGAAACAGUGUGAAAUUGCACUAUUUUACACUACAUUAACAUUGUCCAUCACCCUGAAUAUGAGAGAAAGACGAGGUUUGUUUUUGACAAACCCUUAUCUGCGAUAAUCCGUUGACGGAAAUUAUUUGGGCGAAUAUGGAAAAGAAUCACUUAAAAUGACCAGCCCUUUAUCUAAUAUGACACUUUUUUCAUACUGUCAGAGAUGUUUUGUUCUAUGUAAGCAGAAUAAGGUGUUUGAAAUCAGAAUAUUGUUUAAACCAAACACAUCUUAACAUAUGCAGAUCUUUGUUAAAGCCAAAUAUACAUAAAGCUAUCGUCGAUUCUUUUUGGUGCGUUUUAAUUGUAACAAUACAUUAUACAACUGUUUUUGCGUAUACCGAGUAUAUACGCUUGUGCUGCGCGCUGUUUUUUGAAAAAAAUAUUAUCUUCAAGACUGACGUCCUCGAAACAUGUGCUAUCUCCUUCAGCUCUUAUUUUACCAUUAGUACGUGCUUCCUCAAUAUAUAUAUAUAUAUAUAUAUAUAUAUAUAUAGAACAAAGUUAUAUAGAUAAAAAGACUAAAAACGAAUCGCUGCUUAUUGCGCACAUCGUGUAAAUACUUGAUCAUAUUUUACUACCGUAUUUACCAUGUACUGAAUAUGUAAAUGUUUAUAUUUUAUUAGAUAAUAAAACUUAUUUAAAAAGGUAUUAACACACCUUUUUAUAUUACACCCUAUUAUGCGGUGAUGUUGGAAAAUAACGAAUUUAGAUGUUUACCUUACUGCACAUAUUGAGAUAAAAGUUUGGUCUCGCUAGAAAUAGUAACAAGAAAAUUGGGCUCAAAGCUCACAAACGAUAUCCUCUAAGGAUCAAUAAUCCAGCAGACAGAGUAAGCAUUCAACAACAACAACAACAACAACUAGUAUGCUCGUCUGUUUGUCAAACAUUUCCAUGAAAGUUUCUAUUAGAGCAAGAUGCAGGCAGAUCUAUGUUGACAGAUUGAACUACGUUACUUAUUAGGAUAAUCCAUAUGAGAUAGUAUCUGAUCACAUUUUACGCAUUAUAGUUAUGUAUGCGCAUACGCGGUGCCCUUUCCUGGAGGAGAAUCAAUAGGACCAAAGCUCAAUGCUAAACGGAGCGAUAAAUCGACUACGAUAUUGUGAGGAACAAAACAAAAAAACACAUUUAAGGUAACACUUUUAUAAGGUUAUACUGCUAAUAAUAUAACAGGACAAUGCAUUGUCUAUGCGUGGAUUGGCUAUGGCGAAGGCGUUCUGGGGUAGGUACGAAGCGAUAGCGCGAUGAAGAGACUCCGUAUGAUCGAACAAAGAUGGCCAAGCAAUAAAGCGAUAAUAUUGAAGUAACUGCGCUCUUGUUUUUUAAAAUCUAUUACUUUUUUUCUUAAUAGCAUUAGUUUCAACUCAUGUGUGUUUCCUAUGCUAAGGCUAAUGGGAAUAUCUGAAAAUCAGCGACGGAUCAUGGCGGUUCAAGUUGUCAGUUG